GCCUAAACGCCGAAACGGAGGGAGAAAACUUGAUUCGCCUCCUCUCGAACAUGUAUUAAGACGCCUCAUUUUUUAUCUUGUCUGUGACUGUCAAAAAUUUACACGGCUUUAGUGUGUGGCUGUGCAGCAACGCAAGAAGACCGGUCGUUCACUUGGAACUAGUCUCGAUCUCUGCAAUUGAGAGACAUGAAAUGUAUCCUUUUAUUGGAGCUAGUCAGCGCUGCAGUAAGCUGUUUCGGAGACAACAUUUUGGUGUUCCUACCAACACCAACAUGGAGCCACUACAUGCAAGUUCAACCAAUUUUUCAUGGCUUAGCAAUCCGGGGUCAUAAUGUUACCGAGGUUAGCUCCUAUCGUCCUCAGAAAAAGCUGCCCAACCAUCGACACAUUUAUUUGUCUGCAGAAAAAUGGACGAACGAAAUCUCUGCGUUAUGGCCAGAAAAGAAUAUUAUUGAGGAUCCACUGAGGAGGCGUCACAAAAUUUUUCGACUGACGUACCCAUAUGACGUCAUUGCUACUCAUCUCAUCACCGAAGUACUUGAGUCAUCCGUCUUUCAUGAUCUGAUUCGGAGCAAAGACAACUAUGACGUCAUAAUCGCGGAGCCGUUUUUUGGGGCGGAAGCUUUUGUCGUUCUUGGGCAAGUGUUUAAAGCUCCAGUUGUGGCACUCAGCACUUUUGGGUACAACUCGAAUAUUCUGCGAUUUGCAGGUGCUGCGAAUGCCAUAGCGUAUUUGCCGUACAAAGACGGCAUCAGUGUUGGCCCUGGACCCAUGAGUCUCCUUCAAAGGCUGGAUAAUGCGUUGACUCAAACUGCAAUACUCUUUUCUUUCGAAUAUUUUUAUUUUCCAAAAUUUGACUCUCUGCUCGCGAAACAUAUUCCUGGUCCCCUUCCGCGGAUCUCGGAAAUGCUCGAAGAUAUAUCACUCUUCCUUAUUACGGAUAAUGCAGCUCUUUCUGGUGCGAAACUGUACCCACCGAACGUCGUCGAAAUAUCAGGGAUGCAUUUUAAAAAACCAGAACCCCUUGACGAGGAAUUGACAGCAGUCUUAGACGGAUCGAAAAAUGGAGCAAUUUUUUUCAGUUUUGGAUCAGCCAUCAAAACUAGCCGAUUCCGUAAAGAGACCAUACGUCUAUUGCUGCGCGUUUUUCAGGAAUUAGACCAAACUAUAAUUUGGACUUCCGACAUGAACCCGACUGACUGGGCUGUUCCUAAGAACGUACUGAUUCGACCAUGGUUUGACCAGAACAGUAUCCUCGCACAUCCGAAAUGCGUAUUAUUCGUUACUCAUGGAGGUAUAUCGAGUGCAAUGGAGGCGGUCAAAUAUGCAGUGCCUAUGGUCGCGAUACCUUUCUUCGAUGACCAAAUAAUGACUGCAGCAAGUAUUGAGUAUUACGGAUAUGGAUUGCGCGUGCUGUACGAUCACAACUUCACGGACAUAACGUUGCGCUGGGCAGUGAAGACUGUUUUGGAAGAUCCACGGUUUAAGGAAAAUGUUAAGAGAGGUUCUAAAAUUCUAUCUGACAAACCCAUGUCAUCUUUAGACACCGCUAUCUAUUGGAUAGAAUAUGUGACUAGGCACAAAGGAGCUCAUCACUUGAAACCUUUAACUGUCAAGAUGCCGUGGUACCAACUUCUUUUAUUGGAUAUCAUCGUGGUAUACUUAGUUGCAAGCAUAGCGAUUGUCAUUUUAGUUGUAGCACUGAUCAAGUUUUUUUGCAAAACUGCUCGAAGGUGGAAUUUAUCAAAAGAAAAAGUAAACUGAACAAGUCGCAAAAAGA